CUGCGGUACAAGGGGUGAAUUAAAUUACGUGGUCCUGCAGUGAAGACGGGUGAUAGCUCUCUGUCCAUUAGGAGUUGGUUUACUGUCGCUGCCCAAUGGAUGGGGGUGAUGGCCGCACCAUGCCUAGGAUGGACCGCGCCAUUUUCUGCAGCGAGAAGUACGGUGGAGGUGGGGCCCACCACUAUAUCCACGACCUGGAAGGGAGGUUGCUGAGAAAGCAGGAGAAAACGGGCCAAGUGGCCAACUCCUUGGCAAGAGGGAUCUCGUCUGUCUUCCUUCCACAAGGAUACCCAGAGAGCGUCAGUGCUGAUUACUUGUCUUACCAGGUCUGGGACACCGUACAGGCAUUCGCCAGCACUCUCACAGGGACCCUGGCCACGCAGGCGGUGUUGAGGGGUGUGGGGGUCGGGGACAGCUCUGCCACAGUUGCUGCUGCUUCCCUCACCUGGAUGCUGAAAGACGGCACCGGAAUGAUCGGCCGGAUCCUCUUUGCCUGGUUGAAGGGGACACAACUGGAUCAGGACGCCAAGCAGUGGAGGUUGUUUGCUGACCUCCUUAAUGACCUGGCCAUUUUCAUUGAGAUCACCGCCCCAGCCUUUCCAACGAUUUUCACUCUCAUCAUCUGCGUAUCCUGCUUGUUGAAGUCGGUGGUGGGAGUGGCUGGAGGUGCGACCAGGGCUGCACUGACAGUUCACCAGGCCCGGAGAGACAACAUGGCUGAUGUGUCAGCCAAAGAUGGCAGUCAGGAGACCCUGGUGAACCUGGCUGGACUUUCCGCCGGCGCACUUCUGGCUCCACUCACUGCUGACAACCUUCUCCUGACCCACCUGCUCUUCGCCCUAUUCACCAUCCUCCAUCUGUUCGCCAACUACCGCGCUGUUCGGGCUGUGGUGAUGGAGACUUUGAACAAUGCUCGUCUCCGGCUGCUGCUCGACACUUUCCUGAGGGAGGGGGUUGUCCCUCUGCCUGCCUCCAUCAAUCCCCGGGAGCCCCUCCUACCAGCUUUCUGGCGUAGAGGGACUGUACGACUGGGAGCUCCACUACACACCAUCUGCCAGAGUGUUGCUGAAUAUCAACGGGCUAUAGAAAACAACAGUAAGAAUUAUUUACUGGGAAUACAUCGAGAUACUGGUGAGGUGAGCAUAUGCUUGAGGGAGGGAGCCGGGAGUGUGGACAUUAUCCAGGCUGCUAUCCAUGCCGAGCUCCUUCUCCUGCUGCUUCACCGGGACCUGACGGGCUUCCGAGUGGAGCAUCGCAAGUUAGCAGAGCUCCAAGCCUCGAUCCGCACUGCUCAGGAUGAGCGGCUGUGGGACGUGGUCUCAGCUACCCACCUCCUGGUUGAUCAGCUGUUCCCGGGGCUGGUGUCGGGGGCCCGGAGCUCGGGCUGGCUGACAGAGCGGCAUCAGCUGGGGCCUGACGAGUGGCGAGCCCGCUGGGGUCCCGGGGACAAGAAGGACCAGUGACCAGACCAGGCAGGGCAAGCGGAGGGCAGGGAAUCCCCCCCACCCACGUGAUACCCAGCACUCGCCUGUCCAAACACUACCCCAUUCCUGACUCUUCUACCCAUCCUUCGAAUUCCCCCCGCUUCCAUAUCCUUUCCCCAUCCCUUCUAUCCACUGAAUCUCCUAUCACAGUCCACGAACACUCUGCCGCAUCACCGACUCUCUUUCCACCCCCCAGCACUCACCAGACAUGGACAUGCACCCCAAUCACAAACUCUGCCAGCCCACUGACUGCUCUCCCACAGACCACAGACACUGUCCUCAAUCACCAGCUCUUCUCUGCCCACCCACUGAAUCCCUCCCACAGUCCACGAAUAUUCACCCCAAUCUCAAGCUUUCCCAGCCCACUGAAUCCCUCCUACAGUCCACAAACACUCUGACCCAUCGACUCUCUUCCCCUCCCACACACUGAAUCCCUCCCACAGUCCACUAACACUCACCCCAAUCUCAAACUUUCCCAGCCCACUGAAUCCCUCCCACAGUCCACGAACAUUCACCCCAAUCUCAAACUUUCCCAGCCCACUGAAUCCCUCCCACAGUCCACGAACAUUCACCCCAAUCUCAAACUUUCCCAGCCCACUGAAUCCCUCCCACAGUCCACAAAUAUUCACCCCAAUCUCAAACUCUACCAGCCCACUGAAUCCCUCCCACAGUCCACAAACACUCUGCCCCAUCGACUCUCUUCCCCUCCCACACACUGAAUCCCCUCCCACAGUCCACGAACACUCUGCCCCAUCAUCGACUCUGUUCCGCUCCCACCCACUGAAUCUCAUCUCAGCAGUCCACGAAUACUCUUUUAUUUCCCCCAUCGCCAACUAUCCCCUCCCAUUCUCCGAAUACUCUUUCCCCCCUCACCAACUGUCCUCCCCCUCCCCACCUGCUGGAUCCCCUCCCAUUCUUCAAUCGUUGAAAUAUUUAUCUACCUCUACCCCCACCCCCACCCCCCAUCAGCCUCCGGCUCAAGGAGAGAAUUCCACAAAUUGAUCAUCCUUUCCGGGAAUGUUCUACACAUUCCAGUUUCAACAACCAGCUCCUUUAUAAUCAGAAUCGGAUUUGUUACCAUUGGCGGCUAUGAUGUAAGAUCUGUUGUUUUGAGGCAGCAGUAUUGUGCAAGGACAAAAUGACUGUAAAUUAAUAAAUGAAU